CGAUGUAAUUAAAAUUAUUUUUUAAACUUCUCAUCCGUGGUGUUCACGGGUUAUAACCUAGUAUAGUUAUUAUUAAAAGAUAGAUGCAUAUAAUCGAGUCAAAUAUAUAGAAAAUAUGAAAAAUAAAUAAAUAAAGCCCUUUUUUAGGUUUAAAUGAGGCCGAACUAAACUCAUGGCUUCAAUGGCCGAUGAGGCCUUGGCUAAAAGCCGGGCUUUACUGGAUACGGGCCGGAACAGCCCUUUGUGCAGCUCUAAGCCGACACCUAUUUUAUGACUAAUAAAACAAAAAAAAAAAAAAAAAAGCAUCAAAAUAGGUUAAAUUAUGAUAAUUUAAUAUAAGUAAAAAAACACAGAAAGUAGUACAGCAGUGAAGCCAACAUGGACAGCGGGAUUUAACACCCAUAUGUUCUGUUUUAGCAACAUCCUACUAUCUCUUGAUUCUUUCUUCUUAUACAAAAACAAAAACAAAAACAAAUCAAUUUCCUCACCAAGUAGCUGAUACAGACAGCUUGGCCUACUUCAAAGUUCAAACAACCCUAGAUAGAAAACAAACCACCAGCCACCUCACUUGACAACCAUUAAACCCCCAUUCAAAACCUUCAAUAUUUUCUCACAGAUUCUAUGCAAUCCUCGAAAAAUAUGCCACCCUUUUCACAGUCGAAGCCUCUCUCAAAUGGGGUUUCCAAGAAUCCUCACGAUUUCACCAGAACAAACGUAGUCACCAUUGAUGUAGGUGGUCAACUCUUUCAAACAACCGUACAAACCCUAACCCUAGCUGGGUCCAAUACCCUUUUCUCCAAUCUCUUCAAUUCUUCUGAACAGAACAGUUCAAUCCCUUUUAUUGAUAGAGACCCUGAAUUGUUUUCGAUUCUUUUAUCUCUAUUAAGAACCGGGAAUCUUCCAUCAAAAGCCAAAACCUUUGAGAUUCAAGAUAUUGUUUUUGAAGCGAAGUUUUAUGGGGUUGAACAUCUUCUUGUUCAAUCUCAAUCUAACCCUUCGCAAUUUGAACCUUUUGAUCUUGAAAAAUCAAUGAUAUUGCCUCUCAGUGGCAGAGAUUCACCUUCUGCAAUCGCUACAACACCAUACGGGUCAGUCCAUGUCUCUCAUGGCAGCAAAAUCACGUCUUUUGAUUGGUCUUUACAAAGAAAGUCUACGACUUUGACCCAAUUCACGGCUAUUGAUUCUUUAUUAGCUUUAUCAUCAAAUGUUGUAGCAGCUGGUGCUACUGAUUUCUCCGGCUUGCAAAUCAUUGAUCUUGAAAUGGGUCAUGUUAGACAAAGCAUAAAUUGGGAAAAUGUGACCAAAUCUGGUUCAACUGUUCAAGCAAUUGGAACUUCCCCUGAGCUUUUAUUCACUAGUUUUGAAUCAAGUCGCAGGAAUUCAAACUCUAUAUUGGUAUACGACCUGAAUGAUAGCUUCAAAGUUGUCUCAGAAAUUGGGCAUAAUGAAAUCUUUGGUGCUGAUCUUGAUUCGGCGAUUCCAUCAACAAAAUUGAAUUGGAUUCCAAGUCUUAAACUGCUAAUGGCUUCUGGGUCUCACAGUGGACCAUCUGGCGUUUCAGGUAACAUCAAGUUUUGGGAUAUAAGAUCCGGGAAUCUUGUUUCAGAAAUAAAAGAGAAAGUCGAUUGCUUUUCGGAUAUCACAGUUUCUGAUGCCCUUUCAGCUGUUUUCAAGAUCGGAACAAAUUCUGGAGAGGUUUCUUACAUUGAUUUUAGGAGCAUUUUGUCUGAUAAUUCUUGGAAUUGUCUUGGUGAUUCAAGAAAAGUGAUGAAUGUGAAGAAAGAAGGGUAUGGUUGUAAGAUUGAAAGUCAUGGGAAUCAAGUUUUUUGCAGUAAAGAAGGUGAAUUGGAGCUGUGGUCUGAGGUUUUGAUGGGUUCUUUGAGAAAUGGUAAAAAUGGGAAAGAAGAGAGGGUCUUUAAGAAGAACAUGUUGGGUAGGUCGAAGGAUUUAGGACAAAAUAGGAUCACAAAUCUAGGGUUUGGUGGAAACAAAAUGUUCGUUACUAGGAAAGAUCAGCAAUUUGUCGAGGUCUGGCAAAGCUCUGUAAGAAGAUUUUGAUCAUUUGAAGUUUCAUAUGAUUUUGAUCUUUUAUGCGAUCAAAAGAAACAAAGAUAGUGAUUAUUUGUUUGUGUACAUUAUCGUUUUUACAAGACAUACCUUUUUUUUAUUAUUUUUUUUUUUUUGUGCUCGAAUGUGUAGAGUGAUAUGCAUGAUAUCAAAAUUUUUAUUAGAAGUUCUAUAGUCGUUUUGAAUCAA